AGGGUGAAGGGUGUGGUUCACACAUUCACAGGAAUGCUGACAUUUUCAAGCAGCAGUCAAUGAUGAACACCUGUCCACCAUUACCAUCUCAGUCUGGGAUUGGCUACAGAGUACUUCCUCUUUCAUAUUUAACCCGUGCUCAGAGAGGAAGAUACUUCAGCUGACAAUCAAAUGGAUACUUGGUUUCUUACAAGUUUGUUAAUCAUCCUUGCACUUUUAAACAGAAAUGUCUGUUUUCCUGCUGAAAAAGGCUGGAGCCAGUAUGAUCCUUAUGAGGGCAGUUUCUUUGACAUGGAGGAGAGUCCUGGCUUCCAUGAUGGUUCAUCCCAAGGUGCUCUGGCACAUCCUUCUAUUGUGAGUUACCCUGCUGUCCCAUUCCAGUCUGAAUCCAUGGAGAAGGGCGUGGCUUCUAGUCCUGGAAGCUAUGCAGCGAGCCCCAACCCCAUUCCAGUUAUGUCUGGUGACACUUCAUGGUAUGCUGCUCCAGGUUGGGGUACUGUGUAUGAGUCUUUGACAGCCUACACUACAUCCAGAACAUCUCAGCCCACACCUGACAUUGGCCUCCCCCCUCCACCAUUCAUUUCAGCAAAUGAGCCAGACCAAUAUGAAGCAAACGUGGAUCCUGGAAAUUGGCAAUGGGAAAGGGAAACUGAGGAGCUACGCUAUCAACUGCCAGUUCCUACAUAUCCAGAACUUGGCUUCCAGCCUGGGGAGUUGCAUCUGUAUUCUUCAAUCCUUGAGCAUGGAAAUGAAGACCGUGACACAGAACAAGGUUUCAUGCCACUGCCUCCCUAUGCCUUAACGCCACAAGUAUCUUCAACUGCUUCCACAUAGCAAGAAGGCAACAAGCAGCUAGUUCCACAAGAGCUGACACCAGUUGGCCAAACCUAGUAUCACAUCUUGACUGGUUGGCUUGCUCCUGGAGAAUACACUCACUUGAGUCAACUGAGGAAGGCUGAGACCAACGGGAUGAAGCCUAAAAUC